AGCAACGCGGCCAAGUAGUCCCCAGACAAACCCAUCGCCCCAAAACACCCAGAGAAAAAACCCAGAUCAAAAAUUUUAGAACCAAAAACCCAACCCAAACCCAGAUAAAAACUGUUUUGUCAUCAAAGAAAACAAGAAGGAAAUCGAAUCCUAAUGAAAAUUUUGUUUUGCUGUGGUUUUGAUUUUGAGUUUCAACUUUCCCCUGAUUUUGGUUUCCAAGAGAAGGUCAACGAAUUGUUAAUGGGUUCAAGAAUCUAUUUUUUGUGAAAAUCAUUGAUCAAGGAGGGUAGAUGCUUGUGUUGCUAUCGAUUUUGGUCCUCCACAAUUAGCAUACAGAUGUUUGAAGAUAUAUUUGGGGUUUAGAUCUUUUGUGGUUGGAGUGGAGAUGACACUGGGGAGCUAGGGUUGAGGUUUUUUUAAAGCUGUGGUUUGGAUUUUUGUGGCUGGAGUGGAGAUAACAGAGUGGCGAGCUAGGGGCUGGAUUUUCUUUUUGGUCGGAGGGGAAGAAGAUGAAUCGGGUUGCAAGAGAGAAGAAGAUGAAUCGAGUUGCAGUGCUCGAGGGAUAAACAGGUUGGUGGGAUUCAGUUUCAGUGUUUAUUAACAGCCAUAGAUUCAAAGUGAUCUAAUGGCUGAAAUUUGGGCGCACGGGGCAUUGUAGAAUUUGUCUUGUUAAUUAAGGUCCAAUAUCCUAAAGAGAAAGGGAUUCCUAAAGGAAAUUGGUUUGGGCUUUCCUUUUCUUAAUUCAGCUCCCUCUAUAUAACUCCCCUCUCUCAUAACUAGUUUCACUCAAAGCUCCCGUUGGUGUGGUUUGAAGUUGCUUGUUCCAAGCUUUCUUCUCUUCCUCUUCCUCCUCCAAACCAAGAUGAAGCUCUUCGGCAGCGGUUUCAACUCCUCCAAGUGCAAAGAAACGGUGGAGACAGUGGUGGUAAAAGCGCGAUUCUUGCAAAAGAAGAAACAAGAUGAGGCGGCGAAGCUGGAGAGUGACAUCGCAAGUCGCCUUCGCGCCGGUGAAGACCCCAUUGCCGGCCCUGCUCAUAUCCUGAUCAAACGGGUGAUAAGAGAGCAGAACGUCUCGGCUGCGUACGAAUUCAUCGAGGCCUUCUGCGAUUUGGUUGUGGACAGACUGUCGACCAUCAAAGAGGUGAGGGAAUGUCCAGAGAACUUGAAAGAAGGGAUAAGUAGUCUAGUCUUUGCAGCCAAAAAGUGCUCUCAUGAGAUUCCAGAACUGGUGACACUUAGGAAUAUUUUCAGGAAGAAAUAUGGAAAGGCUUUUGUCUCUGCAGCUACGAACAUACGACCUAAUUGUGGUGUUGAUACCAUGAUGAUAAAGAAGCUUGCAGAUACCAAUCCUCAAGGUGACGAAAAAAUGAAAAUUGUGCAAGAAAUAGCCGAUAAAUACGGUAUUCAUGGAUCAUGGGUAGAGAUUGCAGGAAACAACUGCAAUGCUUUGGUCAAAGUAUAGAAGAGC